AUGUCGAAGCUCUCCCCAGCCCUCAAGGAGCUCGUCAAUGCGCCCUUCUCCCGCCCGGGGCCGGCAAAGGCCCCAAUCGGCAUCUCCAAGAUCUACGAGCGCAUCGCCAGCGAGGCGCACUCCAAGAACCUGGGCCCAAGGCCGUGGAUCGUCCUCUCCUCAGCAGCAACAUUCACCCUCAACUCCCCAGACUCCCUAGCAGCCCUCCAGUCCACAGCCUCCAACCCGUCCGCGAAGACCUACCGGCCCCUCGCCCCCGUCCCGGCAGCCGAGCUCAUCCGCGAGGUCGGGCUCAAGUGCAUCUCCUUCAACGGCAUCCCCCGCUCGAUAAACAGCCUGGGCGCCUUCCGGGCAGGCCUACCGCAGGACGUCCAGGACAAACUCGAGACGCGGUCCUCGCGGCUCAUCACGCCCGAGAACCUCGCCCGGCGCAGGAAGGCCGGCCUCGCGCUGUGGAAGAGCGUCUACGACCCCUUCGACGAGAAGCUCACCGCCCGCCUGGCCGACUCGCACCCGGACCUGCCCGUGCACAUCCACGGCAGCCACUACGCGCCGCUGCUGUCGAACCCGGAGGGCGUGGACCGCGGCGGGCUGGCGGAGGUGGGCAGGGUGCUGACGAGCCUGGUGGCCAUCGCGUGCCUGCGCGCGCAGACGGGCGUGGGCCCGCAGGUGCUGUCGCAUGUGUUUGGGCUGCGCAAGGCGGUGCAGCAGGGGAUCCACGUGCGGGAGGCGGAGAGUGAUGCCGAGAGGGAGGGGAUCGAGUGGCUUGCUGGUGACGAGGGCGGGGAGUGGGUGCUGAGGAGCGUGGAUGGGAUUGUUGAGGCCAUUGGGAAUAAUUUCGCGGCGAAGUUGUAG